AUGACGGAGUCGCUGGCAGAGCGCUACCGCAUCAAACUUUGCCAGAAACUGGGUGACAGCGAAGUGGAAAUCAUUCGGAAGAUCAAGGCAGCUUUCGGUGACGAAGCUAUGAGCCGCGCACAGAUUAAGGAGUGGUACAACCGGUUUAAAGACGGCCGCACAUUGGUAGAGAGCGAGCCAUGCACCGGUCGGCCAUCAACAUGCCGAAAUGACCAAGUCAUUGCCGAUGCGAACGCUAUGGUGAUGCUGGACCGCCGUGCAACUAUCCGGGAAAUGGCGAAAGAGGUGGUCAUCAGCAUUCUCUCUGCACAUUCCCUUAUGACCGAAUAUUUGUCCUUGAAGAGCGUUGCGGUGGAAUUUGUGCCACAAUUGCUCGCAAUGGAGCAAAAGCAACUUCGUGUUGAAGUCUCACAGGACAUGCUGUAUUUCGCAAACAGUAACCAUUAUCAACACAUUAUGAACACCAUUAUCACUGGUUACGAGUCUUGGUUGUACGGCUAUGACUUGGAAACCAAAUGCCAAUCGCCACAGGGGAAGCAUUGCAUGUCACCAAGACCAAAGAAGGCCCGCCAAGUGUGCAGCAACGUAAAAGUGAUGCUCAGUGCUUUCCUUGACUCCCGCGGUUUGUUACACCAUGAGUAUGCAUCACCGGGUUAA